AUGGCCGCCCGCCCAAAGCCCCCUGUUGUCCAGCCAGGAGUCAGCUCUAUCCUCGUGAACCCAGUCCAGAGAGGAAAUCCGCUGCUCUCGCACAUUCGACAUGUUGCAUACCAGUUUGCAGAGAUUGCCCCAGACUACCAAGUUGGAAGCACAACAUGUGUUUUGUUCCUGAGCUUGAAAUAUCAUCGCCUGCAUCCAGAAUACAUACAUGGACGAAUAGAAAAGAUCCAAGGCUUAUAUGGACUGCGCAUCUUGCUUCUUGUUUGCGACGUAACAGAACACCAGGAUUAUAUCCGAGAGUUAACGAGAAUAUGUCUGAUCAACAACCUGACUAUCAUGGUUGCAUGGACGCUUGAAGAAGCGGGUGUCUAUCUGUCAACUUACAAGCUAUUCGAACACAAACCGCCAGAUCUCAUCAAGGAGAGAGUUGACAAUGACUACGACUCACGCAUGCGCGCUGCAUUUACAUCAAUUAAAGGGGUCAAUAAGACAGAUGUGAUGACCCUGAAGUCCAACUUUGGGUCAUUUUCGAAUAUCGCACACGCGACGCCUCAGCAGCUGCUCGACUGCCCAGGAUUUGGUGCACUCAAAGUCAGGCGACUGAAGGAUGCUAUGGAGAAGCCUUUCAAACCAACCGUUUCUAAGACUCUGCGACCGGCAUUGGAAGAUGAGCGCCGACAGUCAAAAGCGCGCGAACCAAGUCCUGAUUGGCCAGAGUUGGAUAUCGAACUGGAUCUGAACUAG